AUGGACCUUACGACGAUCGACGUGUGGGAGGAAAUCAAGUUGCACGUUUUGCGGUUGCAUGGCUCCGAUCGAGAUCGUCGUGCCCAACUACGCGAGUUCAGAGGCCACAUUGUGAACAUCACCGAUGAUGACGUCGAGGUGUUCCCGCCAUAUAUUCUGACUGAAGUCCCGGCACGAGCCGGCAGCGAGGGCCGCAACUAUCUGGAAUGGAUGUGGCACCAUUUCGACGAGCCCGAUCUUCCACGCGGCAGUUAUGCACUCGCCUUGGUCUCCUCCGAUGGAAGUUUGAUCGCUCCGAAAAAUGUCGACGGGUUCCCGAUCUAUACCAUGGACGACCCGUUCGUGACUUACUGUGGAACCUUUUUUGGAGGCGCGCUUGGCGCAAACAACGUCGCAAAAGCCCAGGACAAGGAGCCGCCUCGCGUCCAGCCCGUCGCGGGACCCGAGGAACAGAAGCCUCACACCACCAACACCCCGGUUGAACCCGAAGACAUGAAGCCGGACAUCAAGCUGAUCCCUCUCACCAAGAACCAUACC